AUGGUGGAGGAGAGGGAGAAUGUGCAGAAGAGGACCUUCACUCGGUGGAUAAACCUCCAUCUGGAGAAGUGCGACCCUCCUCUGGAAGUGAAAGAUUUAUUCAUUGACAUUCAAGACGGCAGAAUCCUAAUGGCGCUGUUAGAAGUCCUGUCUGGGCGAAACCUGCUCCACGAGUACAAAUCCUCGUCCCACCGCAUCUUUCGGUUGAACAACAUAGCGAAAGCACUUAAGUUUUUGGAAGAUAGCAACGUAAAACUGGUUAGCAUCGACGCGGCAGAAAUAGCGGACGGCAACCCCUCUUUGGUUCUUGGGCUGAUAUGGAACAUAAUUCUCUUCUUCCAGAUUAAGGAGCUCACGGGCAACCUCAGCAGAAACUCGCCACCGUCCAGCCUGUCGCCGGGCUCCGGGGGCACAGACUCCGACUCCUCGUUCCCACCCACGCCCACGGCCGAGAGGAGCGUGGCGCUGUCCGUAAAAGACCAGAGGAAGGCCAUCAGGACCCUGCUGGCGUGGGUGCAGCGGAAAACGCGCAAGUACGGCGUGGCGGUGCAGGACUUCGCGGGCAGCUGGAGGAGUGGGCUGGCGUUCCUGGCUGUGAUCAAGGCCAUCGACCCCAGCCUGGUGGACAUGAAGGCGGCCCUGGAGGACUCCAUGCUGGAGAACCUGGAGAAGGCUUUCCGCAUCGCGCACGACGCCCUCCACAUCCCCAGGCUCCUGGAGCCGGAAGACAUCAUGGUUGACACGCCGGACGAGCAGUCUAUCGUGACUUACGUGGCACAGUUUCUAGAACAUUUCCCGGAGCUGGAAGCCGAGGAUUUUGUGGAUCCAGAUAAAGACGCCCCUAUCGAGUCCACCUUCGUCCGCAUUAAAGAAACGCCCUCGGAGCAGGAGAGCACCGUCUUCUAUGUGACUGACGACGGGGAGCGGGCCUACACCGUCAACCACGACACCAGCCACCCGCCCCCCUCCAAGGUCUUUGUCUGUGACAAGCCCGCGCGCGGGAAGGACUCCCGCCCGGGUGGCGCUCCUGGCCCCACACCAACAAACAGCCCCGCCGAGGUCACACCACAGGGCACGGACUGGGACACCCUCGGGGCCUCCGGCAGGACCUGCAGCCUCAGCGAGCCGCCUCCAGAAUCUUCCAUCUUAUCCAGAAAGGACAACCAGAGGUCCAGCUCCCUGCCGGGCAAGAAAACGGUGCACUUUGAGGCGGACGUCUACAAGGACGCCUCCUGCAGCAAGGACCCCGUCCACAGCCAAGACUGCGGCUUCGAAGGCGGCCCUCGGGGGACCAAGGACUUGUGGAAGCAGGAUGGGCACAGCCCGGAGGUCGCCGAGGAAAGGCCGGAGGCAGCCCCGGACCAGGCCCUGGGCGAUGUCUGCCUGGCGGACAGUCAGACCGGCCCUUCUCAGACUCCCCAGGGCUCUGCCCCCCGGAACAGGGCCUCGGAGCGGCCGGCCAGCCCCGGCGAGGAGAGCUGCCCCCGGGCGCGCCUCGGAGAGGAGACCGUGAUGGCCGAUUCCUCGGAGCUCAAGGUGAAGCUGCAGACCGUAGAGGCGAUGGACGAGGAAGACGAUUUCGAAGGCAUACCCCUGAAAGCCUCUAAAUUUAACAGUGACCUCGUCGAUUUUGCCUCCACCAGCCAGGCUUUCGGCGAGGACCCCCCGCCUGCGGAGGACGGGCCCGGGGAGGCCGAGGCUGCGGAGGAGCAGGCCGAGAACCUGGGGAACGGGAGAAGCACGUCCGCCCCCAGGAUGGAAGGUGCGGACGAGCCCCCGGGGAAGCCUGGACACGAAGACCACAGCCGUGUGGUGGCCCCACAGGAGGAGCCGGGGGGCAGGAAGCCAGAGGUGUAUGAAAAGGCGAAGCGCAAGUCCCCGCGGCCCCCGCGCGGGGAGGAGGAAGCCGAGGCCGAGGACCCCCCGGCGUUUGAGGGGGACUUGCCCUCCAACCCGCCCAGCAGCCAAGUCAGCCUGGAGACCCUGGGCAGCCACAGCGAGGAGGGCCUGGACUUCAAGCGCUCCCCGCCCCUCUCCAAGGUCUCGGUCAUCCCGCACGACCUCUUCUACUACCCGCACUACGAGGUGCCCCUGGCCGCCGUCCUGGAGGCGUACGCGGAAGGCCAGGAGGAUUUUAAAGCUGAAGAUGCGGACUUUGAAGACCCGGAGGACUACCUGUCUGACCUGGAGCAAAGGGAGGACGAGGACGAGCCCGAGGCCUCCGAGAGCAGCAGCAGCUUCGGGGGCCUGGGCGAGGACCUCCCCCAGCCCCCCACCCAGGAGCCCGACCGGUACCAGGGGGCACAGGGGGCCAAGCCAGCCUCGGGCCCUCCCCCCGCCCUGGCCCCAGAGGACCACCAGCAGAGGGAGGCCACAGCCCGCGCCCCUGGGGAGAGCCAGCAGUCCCAGGAAUCCCCAAACUCAGAAAACUUAAGAAACCCUUUAGAAGAAAAAGUGAUGGAAGAAUCGGUCAGCAGCAAGAAAAAGGAAAAAAAGAAGCAUGUGGACGACGUAGAAAGUUCAAUAUUGCUCACCCCCGGGGCUGCGCGGUCCUCCGACGACCUGGACGAAGACCCUGGCUUCCACAGAGUCCCUUCCAGGACUAGCCACAGCGACUCCAGCAUUUACAUUCGACGACAUACUAACAGGUCUUUGGAAUCGGAUCAUUCUAGCUAUGUUCAGUUGAGGAAUGCAGCCGAUCUGGAUGACAGAAGGAACCGAAUGUUAACCAGGUACAAUACUCAGAGGCUCACUGAGCUGAUUUUACAGUUUUAUGGCAUCAGAGCAGACAUGAAGAGGGAGUGCAAACAUGCCAGGAUGUCCAUGAAAGCCAACCACUCGGGCGAAGCCUCGCUGCGGGAGAGCCAGAGCCCGCACAGCGACUCCCUGACGCAGCUCGUCCAGCAGCCGGACAUGAUGUACUUCAUCCUGUUCCUCUGGCUGCUGGUGUACUGCCUGCUGCUCUUCCCCCAGCUCGACGUCAACAGACUCUGAGCGCGUCCGCGCAAUAAAGAGACCGGACCGGCCGGCGGGAGUGCCUUCUCUCUCACUGUAUCCGGGCCCUGGACAGGGCACCUCUGCACACAGCUGAGGGUCUCCCAGCAAACGUGGACGCCUCGCUUUCUUUUCUUCACGAUUCCUUUUCCUCCUGGGCGUCCCGAGCGUGCGUUCUCUCAGGCCGCGUCCUUGGCCCGCGGGGGUGCAGUCCCCCAUGGGCUCCGUGCUGCGUGCCUUGCUUUGUCAGCAUCUAGCCAUCGCCCGGGCUCAGCCCGUCCCACACGCGGUCCUAAGGUCCUGGGUGGCCUCGGGUUCCUCUCCCCUCCUGGUGAGAAAGGGGGUGGAGGCCCCAGGCAGAGCCUCCACUGGGCCGAGGGGGCCUUGGAGCAAAGGGACCUGGUGUCCGUGCACCUGUGUGGUCUGGCGGUUGGGGGGACAUCCGAGGGGGACACACAGCUGCCAACCCCAGGAAGGCAUCUGGGAAAAGCAGAAUCCAAACAGGGAAGCGACCGCUGUGCGUGAGCUGCGGGGCACUGGCGCUGCUUCGCCCGCAGUGUGUGUUUUGAGCGGGAGGGGUGCGUUUUAAUUCACUUCUGCGUUGAUUGGUUUGGGGUAGAGCUGGAUCUUCAGAUCUUCUCCACCAACGGAACCCUCCUUUCAAAUGAAUUCUUGGGGCGGAGUGUGGGCAGUCUAGAUGAUAGAUAAAAGCAGAGUUCUGGCUGACACGGGGCGGGCCUGGGACCCCUCCCACUUUGCCCGGGCAGCCCCCUGGCUUCCGUGAGGGGUCUGUGCUAACCCCCAAGGCCCCACCCGGCACUGCAGACGCCCUAGCAAAAGCCAAAGGACGACUACAGAAGAGGCUGGGCCAGGAACCAGCUCCGGCUGAUGGUACAGCUGGACGUGGUCCAGCAGGUUCCUGCCCAAGACUGCCUGGCGCUCCUGCCUGGGCGUGCGGUCUCGGCUCGGGCAUCCUUUGUGGUCCUUCGCAGCGGUUUCCUGAAAAGGCAGGCGGUUUGGGAGAGGAGAGGGCACCCAGCCGCCCUCCCACCCUCCAGCUGGGCUCCCUCUGCGCCUGCUUCCUGCAGAGAUGCAGGUCCCAGGGCCGUGUGGCUUCCUCCCCGGAGAGCGUAAGUCAGGUGACACUUGUCAGCCACAAGCGGUCAGGCCAGGAGGGACCCUCAGACAGCAUCUGGUCCAGCGGAAGCCCGAGAGGCAGAGGGGAUUGGCCAAAGUCACCCACCGCCCCAGGAGCAGACGUGCCAGCACCCCAGGCCACCCCGCGCCCAGCCCAGAGUCACCCCUUUCAGGGAACUCCCAUUGUGCCCAUGAAUGUCCUGAAAAAAAAAAAAAAGAGAAAAUGGUUAGAUAAGAAAGACCUUCUUGGAA